AAUACAAAACAUAUUGUGAAUUAUUAUGAGUUCUUGUACGGUAAAGCUGUUGCUCAUCAUCUAUUUAACCAUGGGCGAUCAUUGUGCCAAUAUGGAUAGAAUUACUAAAAAGCGUCAAAUUUAUCGUGAACAAGUGUUACCACAUGCCGGCGGGCGUGUACCCGAUACAGCUUUCGAAACAGAGCGUCUAUUUUUGAAUCAAUUGCAGAAAGAUGGCAUCAGUGUACCCGAUGGCGUAGUGCCAGAGCAAAGAAAUCCACAGGUUUAUCCAUUCUUAAGUAGACCAUCGCGUAAAGUAUUUCGUGUGGCUUUAAGUUCCGACGGACGUUUUACACCUGAAGAGGGCCGCUACCGUUAUCACGAGCUGCCAUCGAUCGAAACGACAUAUUUGUUUCCACAAAUUCACGGGCAAAAAAUGGAUUUAACCCCACAAACUGUUGUCCUGCCAGUUUAUAAGCCCCUACAUAUAUAUAAUCCGCUUCUAAAUCAAGUGAAAUUUCAAUCGCAAGAUAAAUCUCAAUAUCAGAACGUUAUACCGCUGAGAAUGAAUAAAAUUUUCACUAAAUCAAAAUCAUAUCAGAAUUUCAAUAUUAUUCAUACGCCAACAAUACCAAAAUCUGCUCGUGUUUCUCGAACGGGUGGCAAACCGUAUUUACCCACCUACAAAAGCGAUCAGCUUUUCAUUAAUAAUUUUAAUUUGAAUUUUUUAAAGAAAAUCGAGGCUUACGAUAACGAUGGCCUGAACGAUAUGAUGAGUUAUCUAUCAGUAACAUCUUUAACCUUUGCAGCAGUAAAUAUUGACAUGUUUUCCCAACGUUUCCUAAUAUGUUUGGGCAUUUCAUUGACUGUAGUGUGUUAUGCGGCUUAUGCUAUAGAAGUUCAGACUUUCGGUUAUUUAUUUCAUCCUCCAACUGAGGAACGAAAAAAAGAAGAGAAACAAGAUUUAUCGAAGGUACCUGGCGUGCCGGGGGUCGAUUAUCCUGUUUAUCAUGAGGUACCUCAUACCUCAUUCUCCUGUGCUCACGUGCCGGCUGUUCCCGGAAUGUACGCGAACCUUGAGACGGGCUGUCAAGCGUAUCAUGUGUGUCAUGAUGGCCGUGAAGGUCAUCAAGGUGCCUCAUUUUUGUGCACCAAUGGUACAAUUUUCAAUCAAAAAGAAUUCGCCUGUGAUUGGUGGUAUAAUGUUAAAUGCGAAGAUGCCGUUAAUUACUAUCAUUUGAAUGCUGAUCCUGAGCACAAUCCUUACAUCCCUAAAAAAAAAGUAGUAGAAGAAGAGAAACCCGCUUAUGACGAACAUGAACAUAAAUUCUUGAUACAUGUUUAAUUUCAUUAUUCGUAUAGAGAAAGAAAUACCAUUCAUUUGGAUCUAUAUUAUUUCGCCUACGAAAUCUUUUCAUUCAUUUAUACCUUUUUUUUUAUUUUAUCAUUUUCAAAAAGAAUAUCAUCAUUUGUAAUAUAUCUCAUAAAAACAAUAAAAAAUUUCAAUCCUCUAA